GAGGAUACAGGCGAGCUCCGGCCCCGCCAGCCCACACCCUCCCCGGACCCUCUUCUCGGGUGUUUAGAGGUCGCCAUGGUGACCACACCCCAGCCUUCCCACUGGAUCGUCCUCCUGCUCCCUCUCUUGGUGUUUGGUGUGCCGACGGAGGAACCCACCGCCUCCGGGGAAGUCAUGUCUCCCACUCCCUCUGGGGGUUGCCAACAUUGCUGUGACUCCCCGGGACCCCCUGACCCUCCGGCGGGACCCCCGGGCCCCGCCAACCCCUCGACCCCCACGUAUAUCCUGCCUGAGGUGCGUCCCUACAUCAACAUCACCAUCCUGAAGGGAGACAAAGGAGACCGUGGGUCCCUAGGAACACCAGGAAAGCUGGGCAAGGAGGGACCCCAGGGUGAGCGCGGACCUCAGGGACUGAAGGGCAGUAAGGGUCAGGUGGGCAUCCCUGGAAAGCCCUGCCAGGCCCGGUUCGCGGCCUUCUCUGUGGGCCGCAAGAAGGCCCUCCACAGCAGCGAGGGCUACCAGUCGCUAGUGUUCGACACGGUCUUCGUCAACCUGGACGGCCGCUUCGACAUGUUCUCCGGACGGUUCUUCUGCCCCUUCGCCGGCCUGUACUUCUUCAGCCUCAACGUCCACACCUGGAACUUCAAGGAGACGUACAUGCACAUCAUGCGCAAUGAGGAGCCGGCCGUGAUCCUGUACGCGCAGCCCAGUGACCGCAGCAUCAUGCAGGGGCAGAGCGUCAUGAUGGAGCUGCAGGAUGGGGACCAGGCCUGGGUGAGGCUCUUCAAGCGGGAGCGGGAGAACGCCAUCUACAGCGAUGAUGUGGACACCUACAUCACCUUCAGUGGUCACCUCAUCAAGCCCGCGGACGAGUGACCCCCCCGCACCCCUUCGCCCUGUCCCCUCCCCACCCCAUCUUCCCAGCCUCCUCGCUCCCUCUGCUCUUCACUCCCUCAGUCUGGGCCAAAGUGCACUGAAGGGGAGUGUCUGAGAGCCAAUGGUGAAUUUGGUGGGGGAUUCCUGGAAAACGGUUGAGCCAUCUUCGAGGGGAGACGUCUAAUCCGGGACGUUUUGAGGAAGGGAAGCCGGAGUGGAGGAGUUCCUGUUCCCCGAUCAGCCCUUUUGACAUCUGGGCCAUAACUGUCAUUCUAUUAAUCGAAGGUAUUUAUUGAGUGCUUACUGCGUGCAGAGCACUGAGCUAAGCUCUUGGGAGAGUACAAUAUAAGAGUUGGUAGAUGCAUUCCCCAUCCGCAGCAAGCUUACAGUCUAGCAUUGCAACCUGAUGAGUACCCUGUCUCCACCUGGAGAGUCUCUCCCUCUCAGAAGGACAAAGCCUGGAGGCUCCAUUCUGACUGUCCCUCCUUCCCUCCGAUCAGCACUGGUCUCAGGCCUCUGGGGGAGAGGUGGAGAUGGAGAGAUGGGCAGCAGUGCGCUUCACAGUUGCCCUGAUCUCCCAGGCCUCCACUUUCCCCCAUUUCCCACUUCAUGAGGUGCUCUAUGGGCUGACCUGUCCACCCCAGCCCUCCUCUUCCUCCUCCAGGAGAGGAGGGUGGGCCAGGGCCCAUAAUGUGAAACUUGAUUCAUUUUUAUUCUGAUGCUCACGACCCCUGCCCUCCCUGUCCAAGGUGCUAAGGAGCUUUGAAGAGCCAAUCAAACCCUCUCGGCCCCUCACGAGGAGAGGGGGAGGAAGGGCAAGGAUGGGAUCCCCCCCCCCCCAGAGGAAUCCCCCGUGGAAUCCCAAUGGGAAUAAGCAGGAUUGGGGAUGGGCAAAUACUUCAGAGGCAGGGGAAUCUCCCAAUUGGAAGCUGCCCCAUCCCCUUCUCUGGCUACCUGGAAACUCCUGGGCUUGUGACCUGGAGGAGAGGUCAGGCCUAGACGGGCUUGGGCCGGCUGGCUGGGGGAGGGAGGGAGGAGAGACGCUUCCUCCUCUUUGCCCUUUGACAGACCGGGCCGGUCCGGUCCGACCCCGUCCUUGGGCUCGGCGUUUGCCCCGUCCGUUGGCCCACCGGUGCUGGUUUGACCUCUUGCUGGGCUCACCGGGAGGGGGAAGGGAUUUCUAGGAGGGGACAGGGUUCACCACGAUGUACUGUGGAUUUUUAUGGUGCUUUCUUUGACCUACAUGCGUAUGAAACCCCCAAAACCAA